AUGGAGUAUGCUGAUAGUGGCACCCUUCGAAAUUAUUUAAGUGAACGUUUUGAAAAUCUUACUUGGAAUGAUAAGUUAAAUUUGGCGCUUCAGUUAUCUAAUGCUAUAUCAUGGUUACAUAAUAAAAAAAUUGUACAUCGUGAUUUGCACUCUAAUAGUAUAUUAGUUCAUAGGAAUAUCAUCAAAUUGGCCGAUUUCGGAUUGUCAAUAAGGGUUGAGGAAUCUACCAAUAUUCAAUCAAAUUUAUCUAAAAUGUUCGCCUACGUUGAUCCACAAAAUUUUAAUAUAAAAAGUCAUAGCAAUAAUCAAAUACAAGUAUAUUCAUUAAAUCAAAAGAGUGAUAUUUACAGUAUUGGCAUACUCUUUUGGGAAAUAUCUAGUGGCCAACCACCUUUUCGUAAUGAAUCAUACAAUGAUGAUUUGGUUAUAGAAAUAUUACAAGGUCUUAGAGAGAAACCAAUUCCUAAUACCCCUGAAGAUUAUGUUAAUAUAUACACUGAUUGCUGGAAUAUUGAACCAAAUAAUCGUCCAACUAUCAAUCAGGUUGUUGAGAAAUUGAAUGCAAUU